UAUAAACAGCAACACAACACUAGAAUCACUCUCUGACUUUCUUCUUCUUCGUGUUCAAAAGAAAUCUUUGGCAACUACUCACCAGAAAAAAAAAAAAAACCCACCUCAAACAUCGGAGAAGUGUCUCACUUCUUCCCUAAUUUUCCAGAUGAGUCUCCUUAUGAGCCAUUCUGGUGGUUUCAGCAUCAAUUCCUUCAAAAUUAAAUCCUCUAAGCGUUUACAACAGUCCAGCACGCCAGGUAAAUAUGUCAUGCCUAUCAAAUUUCUUGGGAGACAGUCCGCAGCUGAUGAUCAAAGUAAAGAUAUUGAGUUGGUGGAGAAUAAAAACAGCAGCAAUUAUUUUCAAGCCAUGGCUUUUGUAAAUGCCAUUUCUGCAACAAGUUUCCUUGCAGUAGACGCUGCAAAGGCUGAAACUUUAAAGCAUAUGUGGAAUUAUUUUCCUUCAAGUCAGGAAGGAGCUGCUGCUGUUUAUACUCUGGCUGAUGGUGGCAUUGGAGAUUGGUUUGGAGGCUUCUUGUAUUCGGCUGGACAACAGGCUAAUGUUGCAGUUCAGGAUCAGUUAUCUGCUCUUAGUUUUACAAGCUUGGCAGUAAUUUUUGGGGCAGGGUUUGUAACAAGUCUUUCCCCUUGCACACUGAGUGUUUUGCCUUUGACCCUUGGUUACAUAGGAGCUUUUGGAUCAGGGAAGAGCAGAGCAGAGGUUGUUGGAAACUCUGUUGCUUUCUCAUUAGGACUUGCUACAACCCUAGCGCUAUUAGGCAUAGCAGCUUCUUUUGCUGGAAAGGCAUAUGGACAAAUUGGCCAAGGAUUACCAUUGGCUGCUUCAGGCUUAGCUGUUAUUAUGGGUCUAAACCUACUGGAGAUAAUUGAGUUGCGAUUGCCCUCAUUCUUUGACAAUUUCGAUCCUCGUUCUGCUGCUGCCAACUUUCCAUCAAGUGUGCAAGCAUAUCUUGCUGGGCUAACAUUUGCUUUGGCUGCAUCUCCUUGCAGUACUCCUGUGCUGGCUACUAUACUUGGAUAUGUAGCUACAUCCAAGGAUCCCAUCAUCGGGGGUAGCCUCCUUUUGACAUACACAACCGGCUACGUCGUGCCGUUACUUCUUGCUGCCUCAUUUGCUGGAGCAUUGCAGAGCCUUCUGUCUUUCCGCAAGUUCUCAUCGUGGAUUAAUCCUAUAAGUGGUGCAUUACUGUUGGGUGGAGGUGUAUAUACAUUCUUGGACAGAUUAUUUCCAGUCACAAUGGCAAUGUAAAGAAUAGAUAUGAAUAAAUACUUACCUACUUCUUAGAUGGUGACAAGGCUAUGCUGUUCCCAUUCAAUGGUACAUAUUUUCCCGUGCUUCUUUUGGCCUCACUCAAAUUUAAUGUGGAUAAGAUCAACCGCUAUAAAUAUCAUAUUAUCGUUUUUCUCAA